CGAAAAUUUGUUCCCUUCAGUAUUGUGUCGUCACCUUGGCUUUUCGCUUCAGUCCUUCGUCAAUUGGGAAAUUAGGGUUUACUUUUCCUUUUCGUGAAAUGGCUAUGGCUGGGCGUAUCAGAUCGAUCAUCCCUGUAUUCAAUCAGAUUCUGAAAUCGGAAUCACGGACUCAGAGACCUGCUCUUCAAAGAGCCCUACUUUGCCCCACGACUGCCAACUUCGAGGUCUCGAGGAACUAUGCAACUGCUUCCAAUAAAAGUGAGGUCAAAGUUAAGGUUCCUCUGGCUUUGUUUGGGGGGUCUGGAAACUAUGCCUCUGCUUUGUACAUUGCAGCAGUAAAAGCUAAUUCCUUGGAUAAGGUUGAGACAGAGCUUUUUGACCUUGUUGAGGCUUCACAGAGAAGUGCCACCUUUUCUCAGUUCAUAAGAGAUCCCUCUGUCCCUGCAGAUACUAGGGUCAAGGCUAUGACUGAUAUUUGCACAGCUGCUAAAUUUUCAGAAGUUACAAAAAACUUUUUGGUUGUACUGGCUGAAUAUGGAAGGCUGAAAUACAUAGACAGCAUUGCAAAUAAGUUUCAGGAGUUGACAAUGGCUCAUAGAGGAGAGGUGAAGGCCAUUGUGACUACAGUUAUUCCCCUCCCUGCUGAAGAAGAGAAAGAACUGAAAGAGACCCUGCAGGAUAUUAUCGGAGAGGGGAAAAAGGUCAAGCUUGAACAGAAGAUUGAUCCAAGUAUUCUCGGCGGGCUAGUCGUAGAAUUUAGCGAAAAACUGUUCGACAUGUCCAUUAAGACCAGAGCACGACAGAUGGAGAGGUUCUUGCGAGAACCUGUGAACCUCGACAACCUCUGAAAAGAGUGAUUUUUAUCUUCUGGGGACACCAUCUCUUCCUGCCUGCCUACAGCUGCUGCUACCAUUUUUCAUCCAUGAAAGAGAACUUUGGUAUUUUCUUUCCGUUUUUUUGCCUGAUUUUCAUCUUACAUGAGGGGCAGCAAUGCCCUGCCCCCUACUUAAGCAAAUAAGAAGUUGAUUUUUCUUCAUAACUAUAUAUCCAUGUGGGACAGUUAUGGGAAGUUUGGAUUACUUUCAAGAGAGGGAUAUAAUAUAUAUUUUUACAUUUGAUGUAAGUCGUGCAGUCAUAUUUGAAGAUUUGAAUUAUGGAUAA